GCGCGUCACUGCGCAGGCGCGGCCCGCGAGCGCGGUGGGGGUGUCUCGAGGCUGCCGGGUUGCCAGCAGCGUGGAGGCUUUGGGGUUUGCGGCCUGCGUUCGCCCGGCUCCCGCCACGCACUAAGCGAGGCAGCGAGAGAAGCGCGAGCCGAGCCUCUCCUGCGCCCCGGACAGCGUGGCCAUGGAGAAUCAGGUGUUGACGCCGCACGUCUACUGGGCUCAGCGACACCGCGAGCUGUAUCUGCGCGUAGAGCUGAGUGACGUGCAGAACCCUGCGAUCAGCAUCACUGAAAAUGUGCUGCAUUUCAAAGCUCAGGGACACGGUGCCAAAGGAGACAAUGUCUAUGAGUUUCACCUGGAGUUUUUUGACCUUGUAAAGCCAGAGCCAGCUUAUAAACUGACCCAGAGGCAGGUGAACAUUACGGUGCAGAAGAAGAUGAGUCAGUGGUGGGAGAGACUCACCAAGCAGGAGAAGCGCCCACUGUUUUUGGCCCCUGACUUUGAUCGCUGGCUGGAUGAGUCUGACGCAGAGAUGGAGCUCAGAGCUAAGGAAGAAGAACGUUUAAACAAGCUCCGUCUGGAAAACGAGGGCUCCCCUGAAUCUCUCGCAAGCUUGCGGAAGGGAUACCUGUUCAUGUAUAAUCUUGUGCAGUUCCUGGGCUUCUCUUGGAUUUUUGUCAACUUGACAGUGCGGUUCUUUAUCUUGGGAAAAGAGUCCUUCUACGACACCUUCCACUCAGUGGCCGACAUGAUGUAUUUCUGCCAGAUGCUGGCGGCUGUGGAGACCAUCAAUGCAGCGAUUGGAGUCACUAAGUCCCCGGUGCUGCCUUGUCUCAUCCAGCUUCUAGGAAGAAAUUUCAUUUUGUUCAUCAUAUUUGGCACCAUGGAAGAAAUGCAGAACAAAGCCGUGGUUUUCUUUGUGUUUUACCUGUGGAGCAUAAUAGAGAUUUUCAGGUACCCCUUCUACAUGCUGACCUGCCUUGACAUGGAUUGGAAGGUGGUCACGUGGCUGCGUUACACCGUUUGGAUUCCCACCUACCCCCUGGGAUGCUUGGCCGAAGCUGUGGCCGUGAUCCAGUCCAUCCCAGUGUUCAAUGAGACGGGACGGUUCAGCUUCACCUUGCCAUAUCCUGUGAAUAUCAAAGUUAGAUUCUCCUUCUUCCUGCAGAUUUAUCUCAUACUGUUGUUUCUGGGGUUAUAUAUAAAUUUCCGUCACCUUUAUAAGCAGCGCAGGCGGCGCUAUGGACAAAAAAAGAAAAAGGUCCACUAAAAGGAGAGCUAUAGAUGGCUUCUGACCAGUCUGGGCCUAAUCUGUGUUCUUACAGUUUUACCUACUUGCACCCAUGUAAAAGGUUUUUUUUUUUUUUUUUAAGUUAAAUGAUUCUGUUCUCAGCGAGACUUUCUUUCUUUUCCCCAGUCACAGUCCUGAAAUUCCCGUAGUAUCUUAGUGUAGUAGCUGCAUGACAUGGAUUCCUGAUAUCUGAUGACAGGGUCACUCUUGUGUGUUCAGUCAGUUCGGCAGCAGGCUCAGCCCCACCCCCACCCGCUCUGGUCCAGUCUGGUUCAUCCACGCCAUAGCCCUACGAGCCGCUGGCCAUCCUUAGAGUGAGAUUUGUCCUUUUUGGCUUUUGCUUGUAAAUAAAAGCACGGCUAGACUGCUCUGUGGAAGGAAGGCUGGGAAAGUGACUGGGAAAGGGCUUGAUAGAACCCUGCACCCCUGGGGUGGCUUGGUAUUGACUUUUGGUGGGGAGGUAUUGACUUUUUUAACAUUGAAUACACUCAGUGAUUGAUAAAACAGAGGGGCUGAACCUGUUUUACGUCUGACACCUUUUGGCCUAACAACAUCUGUUAGCACAGUGCCACUGUGGGCACUGGGAGGCACAAAAUCAGUUGAGAAAAUCCAGUCAGAACCUGGCGACACUGUGAUCAUUGUAUUCCUAGCUAAAACAGAAACACUUUUUCCAACACCAAAGGAGGAUGAUAUCUCAUUUGGAAAACAGUGAGAGUAUAAGCAUUCCAGAGGAGGAAACAAGUAUCUGGGUCCAACUGGCAGUAGUCCAGCCGCUGGCCGUGCAGCCUGAGGCCAGGGGGCAACACAGAGCAGGUCAAACAGGCCCAUGAAACUGUCGCAGCACAUGCAAGCCCUCAUAGUCCAUCUCGGUUCCCACACUAGCUGAGUCGAUUUAUUGCAGUAUUUUCUGAGUGAGUGGGAAGACUCCAUUUUUGAAUCUCAAAGUCCCCAUUUGCUCUGCUAUCAUUAUACUGGCUUUUCUCCUUCGUUUUUAGACCCGUCUGUAGUAGGACCCUGCAAAUGAUGCAGGAACUUUGGCUGCUACCAGCUAAUCCUUUAGCAAGGAUUUCUGGCAGGAAACCCACCAAAUGGGGAACAAUAAAAACAAAACUGAAAAAAAAAAAAAACCCAAAACCAAAAAACAAAACCACCUAGCCAUUAUGGUUGACCACUUAAAAAAAUAAGUUUCCUCUAAGACAUUCCAAGUGAAGUUGGUAGCACUUGUGUAGAAUUCAAGGCCUGGCAGCUCCUGUUCCACCAUUGUUCCUGGGGAAAGGACACUCAGGUAAUGAGUUACAUUACUGUUCACUGAGCCCAGUGUGGAAACUUGCUUGACCUAACUUGUCUGAUGAACAAAGGCUGGCUGACUUUAAAAUCCAUUGCCCUGAAGGGUAUUUUGCAUGUCUGUAACUUCUGUCAACACUUGUUUGUGCUACUUCUGACGUUCUUUCAACUGAUUUUGUGUGACUGGGCAGACCCGCUAUGCAGUAGCUGCUGCUGCAUCCUUGUGGCAAAACCCUAUAUUCUCAGUGUUUCUUUCAAAUCCCUUUCUUGCUGUCUGAGAAAGUGAGAUUGUGUAUUUCUAUUAAAGCAUUUACAAUCAAAAUC